AGAAAGCUUUAAAAGGUCGUUAAGAAUUCUUACAAUUUCCACCUUCCAAGACUUUUUUUUUCAAUUGAUAUUCACCUUUUUACUCUCCUUCAAGUAGUUGAAUAAUAUCAUUCGCCUUUUAUCAUUUCAUUAACGUUAACAAAUUUAAGGCACUUGCAUCUUGAUCAAAUCAACUGCUGCGCCUGCUUCAGCUAUUUAAUUGUUUUUAAGAUAGACAACUUUUAGAAUCUCACAAACUCAAAUCAAAAAUCAACCUUGCAACGACACAAUAUCAAAACACGCAACCUCCAAUCACCAAUCAACUCAACUUUAAAACCUCCAAACAAUUUCAACACUACAAGUAUCAACCAUCAAGAUGAGUUGCACUGCUCCCACUGACACUGUCUUUGUUUCUAUCCUCGGUACCAAUCCUAGCUACAUAAAUGCUUGUACUGCAGGAAACAUCACCUCCAACUCCGAUGCUGUAAAUGCCAUGACACACUGUUGUGGUAGUGCUCCCGUCACCGUCCUGAUGGAUGGUUGCUAUAGUUACUGCAAUGUCACUAGCAGUACUGAUCAACAAAAUUGGGAGAAAUGCUUCGGUGCCAGCACCGGUACUAACGGUGUUGAUUUCGGCUGUACAUUAGACGAUCUUUCAGGAUUCGCUGUCCCUGGCAGUGGUACUAUCUACCCAAGUAGCACUGAGUCAUCAGCCGCCGCUGCUUCUUCCACUGUUGCUGCUGUCACCACCACGGCAAGCUCUGGUACUUUCACCACUACGGCUACUGGAUCUGCCGCGAGCCAUUCCUUAGCCUCCCCAUCUGCCGCAAGCCAUUCCUCAACCUCCGCGUCUGGCACAGCAAAAGCCUCGACCUCCGACAAGGCUUCAGCUUCCGCAACAUCUUCCGGUGCUACUGCUUCCGCCAGUGCCAAUGCUGGUCAACCAACAGUCAAGCAAUUGUCCAAGGGUGCCGUUGCCAUUCUCGCACUUGCUUUCGUCGGUCUUUUGGCAUAAACGUGAAGGAUCAUGAAGGAAAUUGCGGACUAGAAUGGAUAAUCGAUUCUUGUGGUGGGGUAAAUUAAUAUGUUGUGGAUUUGGGGACAAAUUGACUACGUGGAUUACUGGAUGGACUGCAUUUUCGAAAUACAAAGGGCGCGAUUUGAGGAGUAUAAAGGUGCAUAGCGUAUUUAACUAUAGGUUCAUGACUAUUCAUUCUAGAAUCGAAUUUUCUUCAUCGAUUCCAAUCGUAUGUCUCUUACCUUGA